UAUUACUAUUCUGGCAAUAGCAUUGCACCUCAUUUUCUUACUUCUCUUAAAUUAAGAAAUACUUAGUACAAAUGGCCUUCUCUGUAGGGAAAUCUUUUGGACUUUCCACAACUUUUGAUCCCCUGCAACAAAAUAUUUUUAGUUCCAAACUUUAUGUUUCAUCAUUUUUCUCCAAGAAAAUUGCCCUGCAAAAAUGUGACAAGACCAAUAUUCUGUCCAAAAAACCUCUGUAUAUUUCAGCCGUGAGUGGAUUUGGGAAUGUUGAUGAAUCGAAAGAGUCUAAGUCUAGGGACAAAUUGGUCCAAUGCAACGCCUAUGAAGCUAGCAGGCCACAGUCAAUACCAAUUAGCAUUGAAUUUGACCAAGAAACUCAAGAUGCUGCUGCUCAGAAGCUCAAGAUUGGGCUCUAUUUUGCAACAUGGUGGGCUCUGAAUGUGGUUUUCAACAUUUAUAAUAAAAAAGUUUUAAAUGCCUUCCCAUUUCCAUGGCUUACUUCUACUCUUUCACUUGCUGCUGGCUCUCUCAUUAUGUUGGUUUCUUGGGCUACUAGAAUUGCUGAAACUCCCAAAACUGACAUUGAUUUUUGGAAAGCUCUGUUUCCUGUUGCUGUGGCACAUACAAUUGGACAUGUGGCUGCAACAGUAAGCAUGUCAAAAGUUGCAGUUUCAUUCACACACAUAAUCAAGAGUGGAGAGCCUGCUUUCAGUGUUUUGGUUUCAAGUUUACUUUUGGGUGAAACUUUCCCAUUGCCAGUUUACCUUUCACUUUUGCCAAUAAUUGGUGGUUGUGCACUUGCUGCUAUUACUGAGCUCAAUUUUAAUCUAAUUGGUUUUAUGGGGGCAAUGAUAUCAAACUUGGCAUUUGUAUUCAGAAACAUAUUUUCAAAGAAAGGGAUGAAGGGGAAGUCUGUUGGAGGGAUGAAUUACUAUGCUUGUCUUACCAUUAUGUCUCUUUUGAUUCUUACACCCUUUGCCAUUGCUGUGGAGGGUCCACAAGUAUGGGCACUUGGUUGGCAGAAAGCAGUCUCCCAAAUUGGUCCUAAUUUUGUAUGGUGGGUGGUGGCCCAGAGUGUGUUCUAUCACUUGUACAAUCAAGUCUCCUACAUGUCCCUAAAUGAGAUCUCCCCACUCACAUUUAGCAUUGGAAACACUAUGAAGAGAAUUUCUGUCAUAGUUUCCUCCAUCAUCAUAUUCCAAAAUCCAAUUCAACCAGUCAAUGCUCUUGGUGCUGCCAUUGCAAUUUUUGGAACUUUCCUCUACUCACAGGCAAAGCAGUAAGAGAAGUUUGGCAAGAAAGAUUAAUGAGUGGAGAAAAGGGGAGAUUCUGACUUGAGUCGUUAGGAAUUAAAAGAUGGGCAGCAAUGGACUAACAUUUGUAAUAGAAGAUUGACAUUGUCCUUUAAAAUAACUAUCUACUAGUAAAUAUAAGAGGCAAAUGAUCAUGAAUGAAUGACUAUGGCUUUCUGAGUAAUGGAGAAGUUGAGAAAAGAAAAUAGUGCUACCCUUUCCCAGGUGCAAACUUCUACCCAAGAUUUUGUAAUAUACUCAUAUGAUUGUAGAUUAAUAUAUUGCAAUGUUGUAUGAAGUGCUUGUAAUGAUAAAUUUGUAAUUCCUUAUUA